AUGUCUACCCACUCUCCCCCGCGCCGCGGUCGUCACCGCAAACGUCUUUCUGCCCUCCGCCUCUCGUCCGACACGACCGUCUCUACUCUCCCUGCCUACACCCCUCCGCCCUGGUCCAAGGGUCGCGACUUCCCGCCCGACGGCGACCUCUCCGACAGGCCGCCAGACUACCCCGACAGCGCAGAGGAGGGCGACGCAGACACCGACUCGGACGACCCUCGCUCCGCGCCGUACUACCCGCCGCCACUGCCGCUCUCGCCCUCCCGCCGUCUGUACCGGACACAGUCCACACGCACACAUAGGCGUCAGCCGAGCGCAGCUGCCGAUCCUUAUCUGGACUCCCUAUUGGCCCGUAGCGUGCACGCCCUCGAAAUGUCAAAUGCUCUUCUCCAGUCAUCCAUGUCCACGCAGAGCAGUCUAUCUGCAGUCCUCGCCGCCGACUCUCCUGUCGACCGCACCCUCGAGGCCCGCGCCCACAUGCUGUCCACACGUAUUGCUGGCAACCGCGACCUCCACGAAACCUGGGUCGACGACCUGGACGAGAUCUCCCGCAGCGUCGAGGAUCUCGUCGGGGAGGACGGGGACACCGCAGAGCUCCAGCCGCUUCCAGACGAGGACUUCGUGAGUCAGAGUCUCCCUGUGUCCGGCUUUGCAGACCGCAUGCAGCGGCGGGGGCACCUCCGACGCCCGUCCCUCGACCUGCGCAUCGCCAGCACGCCUCAGCUGCAGUACAGCAAUCACGAUCGGAGUCAUUUUGUGGCCCCGGCACCGCGCGCGCUCACCAUGUACGUCGACUCCACUGACGAUCCGGACUCGAUCACGCUGCCCCCCACCCUCGGCCUGCGCACCUCGCAUCUCCCGCCUACGCCGCUGCCGUCACAGACAUUCUCUGACCCCGGCCCAGAGGCUCCGGCGGAUACGAACAAGCGGCUGGUUGAUGUGCUGUCGUCCUAUGUCAGUCGCUCCCCGCCGCGUCCGUCGACGUCCGUAUCGUCCUCCCCACGUAAAUCGUCUAGCCUGUCCACCCGCAGUGGCAGGAGCUCCAGUACGUCGUCCCACACUGUCCGACAUGUGCGACCAUCCCCGCCUGUGAAGCCGCCAUCCGCAUCCCCCUCUGAUGCUCGGUCGCGCUCGCUUACGCCCAUGCGCAAUUUGUCCCCCGCGCUCCCGUCUCGCCCUAUGACACCUCCCAUCGAGGAGCUAUCCACUUCGUCCGAAUCAUCCUCGUCCGGCACCAUGCAUGUCGACCGCACAGUCGAGUCCCUGCGCAAUAUUCUCGAUCGUCAGCCUCCGCCUCCACCAAAGCCGACGUCACCGCGGCCCGCAUUCCUCUCUCCGCCGUCAGUCGCGCCCGUUGCUGGCACUUCCACAGCGACCGCGUCCAUCUCGCGUAUGUUCACGAAGGCGCGACACUCAUCGUCGACGCGUCCACCGUCGCCCCCGCGGCAGUCUGUGCUCAAGCACCGCUCCGCGCCGCCGACGCCGAAUCCUUCCUCCACCCCAACACCAAACUCGACACCCGCCCCCUCCGCGCCGCCGACGCCCACGCUGCUCGGCAUCCCGGGGGCGUUCGGCUUCACGCGCUCGCGCACCAGCAGCGCAGCGUCGUCGGGGUGCUCGACGCCCACGCCCAAGCGCAUCUCGUUCGCCGAGCUGCCCGAGCCGCACGUGGGCGCGUCGUCGUCGAAGCUGCGCGACAAAAAGGCCGGCGCGCGGGACGGAGGCGGAAAGGCGCGGCGGCGGAGGGGCAGGGGCGCGCAGGGCAGGGGCAAGGAGGAGGACGAGGGCGGCGGGUGGUGGACGGGCUGGCUGCUGGGUGCCGCGGGGACGGGGAGCGGGAGCGGGCUGAGCCUGAGCGCGUCCCGGGAGGAGCGUGUGCCUGGGGGCCUUGGCUCGAGCUGGAGUGUGCGGCCGGGGUACGGCGGGAGCCUGGAGGAGUGGGGGGCAUAGCCGGGUGCUGCGUGCGGACGGCCACGCUGGUUGACUAAAUUAUCACUUACACACUAACACACCCGUGACGAUCGUUAUGCGCGCGACGAACAGUUCUCUCUUGUCUUUUGCUUUCUAGCCCUGCGUUCUCGCCUACAGGAUCUCUUGCAAUCACUCGGUAUCUCUUUCUGCGUAUGUACGCUCAGCCCCGCCACGGAUCUUGCAUACACUGCAUCCCAGGCAUACAGCUAGCCCUCAUUGUCCCUCCCUGUAUAUCCCCAUCGUGCUUCACUCCGAUACCAUGUAUCCGUAGUUCAUCGCUAGUGUGGAUCACUGAACCAUGGA